CGAAGGAAUCCUCUCUCGCAGGUAGCGUUUUCGAAUUGGGACAGAGCCAUGCGAGUGUGCUUUCUUUCUGGCAGCACCGUGGCGGAACUUCAAGAGGAGGAAUUGGAUGUAGUGCUCCAAUGUGACAAGCCAGCGCCUUGGGAUUGCUAUGGCCGUAGUAUGCCGUAGUUACGAAUAAAACAAUGGCCUACAAGGGAUCAGUCAAGAUCACAACAUGUGAAAGCCCUGAAGGAGAGCUUGGUCGCGCGCAUUGGAAUUCCCAGGUUCCGUCAAAAGCUGUUGCAAAACGACGCGCAGUUGGGAGAUGAAGCUCCCUUAACUGGAGAAUCAGAUCUGCAACUGAUCAUUUUGGAUUACCAAGAGGUUGAAGCCAAGAGGAGUGAGUUGUUCAUAUCCGCUUGCAAGGAGGGCCGAGUGGCUGACCUUGAAGCCCUGCUGCAGUUGCCCUAUGAUCCUAAUGGGCGAGACCCCGAAACACAGCAAGCAGCCAUUUCGGUUGCAGCGGCGAGCGGCCACGUGGAGGUGUUGCAACUGCUCGUGGAGGCAGGAGCUGACAAGGAUUCUGUCGCGCCCAAUGGCUUGACUCCUGUCCGCUUGGCCAGCGAGAAUGGGCACGUGGAAGUCGUGCAAGAGUUGCUGGAGGUGGGGGCUGACAUGAGUCCAACCGCGGAUGGAAAAGCACCUUUGCAUGGAGCAAGUCAGAACGGACAUUGGCGAGUUGUGCAAGCUUUGCUGCUUGCUGGACUUGACAAGGAUGCUGUCACCUGCAAUGGCUCCACCCCUUUGCACUUGGCUAGUCACCAAGGACAUGUUGAAGUGGUGCGUGUACUACUGGAGGCAGGAGCUAACAAGAAUGCAGUUGUAAAGGAUGGAUAUUCACCUUUGCACUUGGCAAGUGACCGUGGGCACCUCGCAGUGGUCCGAGAACUGCUGGAAGCAGGAGCCGACAAAGAGGUGGCACCGCCGUCCGGUAUCACAGCUUUGCAUUUGGCGAGUCUGAAUGGCCAUGUGGAAGUGGUGCAAGUGUUGCUGGUGGCUGGAGCUGCGAAGGAUGCCGUGGCGACGAGAGGCUUCACGGUUCUGCACGCGGCGAGCCACGUGGGCCACGUGGACAUUGUGCGAGAAUUGUUGGAAGCAGGAGCUCAAGCAGAUGCGACAGCGGACAAUGGCUCACAGGCCUUGCAUUUUGCCGCCGAAGGACGUCACGUUCGUGUGGUGGAGCUCUUGUUGGCGCGACGGGCCAUGGCCUUCGAUCGCCACGCCGCGGAGCGUUUGGCCGGCGAGGCCGCCGACGGCAUCAAGGAGGUGGUGCGACGCUUCUCGAAAGGCUUGCAGGAGCUUAUCGAGCAAGCAGCCCAAGAGGCUGAACGCGAGCGGCAGCAGAUCUUGGAGGAGUCCACGGCAUUGGCUCGCGAGCGACAACGUUUGGAGGAGGCAUGGCAGCAUUUGAACGUGGAGCGUGCACGCAUGGAGGCAGGGCAAGUACCUUCUGGGCACCAGCCCACACUGUAUCCGAGUCCUCGCGAGUCCGAGGCCACACUGUCCCGGAGCAUGGCACCACAAGGACAGGUGCCCAACCACUACAUCGUGAGCAUCGGUGAUCGCGCCUACACUGUCCUGCCAUUGAAGGAGCCCGGCGCUUCCUCUUUGGGACAUGACUUGUGGAAUCACAUCGUGGAAGUGCCCGAGGGCUGGGAGGUGCUGUCGACGCAAAUGGAAGGCUUCAACCAUGCCAUCUCCGUCUUGGGCCAACAUCGAUGGGGUGCCAUGGUCUUGGGUGUUCGGAAUGCCUCGCGUGGCUUCGACGCCUACUGGACGCCGCUCUUCGGCGAUGGGAGCUUCGCGGCGCAGCUCUGCGAGGCGAAUGUUGAUUGGAUCGAGACCGCCGGGCAGGAGGACCAACGGCGCUUCCGGAUGACCUACAGCGGCUUGCGGCUGGUGAUCCGCAAGGCGAAUUUACCAACGAUGAUGAGCUCUGUGAAACAUGCGGGUUCCGGCGCUUUGUCCACGCCGCGGAUGGUGCAGCACUUUCAAGGAGCUGUGUACAAUGGAGGUGGCUAUAGGUCGCCGAUGCCCGCCCCAAUGCCGGCCGUGUGA